AUGCAAGGAGGACCAGACUUUAUUGUCCUGAAAAAUCUGGACAUUGACAGUAUUCGUAUUAUUGGUAGCGUCCUUGGCCAGAGUAUUGCUCUGGAUCAUUUUGUGUCACAGGUUGAUGGAAUGGUUGAAGAGUUCACAGACAUAAAUCGUGGAAUGGAGAAAAGUGGUACUUUCACAAUGGAUAGGAAGAAGCUCUUUCAACUAGUUGGGAAGGCUAAUUCAAAUCUAGCUGAUGUGAUUCUUAAAGUCGGUCUUUUUGACAGAUCAGAAAUUGCUUGGAGAGAUGCAAAAUAUGCUCAGAUACUUGAGUACCUGCGGGAGGAAUACGAGGUCACGCAACGUUUUGGAAACCUUGAUUUCAAACUGAAGUUUGUGGAGCACAACAUUCAUUUUCUUCAAGAAGUACUCCAAAACCGAAAGUCAGAUCUAUUGGAAUGGUGCAUCAUAGUCUUGUUGAGCAUUGAGAAUGUUAUUUCAAUAUACGAGAUUGUUCGAGGAUCUACUGCAACGUGA